CGUGAUUGAAACUGUGAAAGGUAAAAGGUCAACCACUAAGUGAUCGCCUACGGCGUCAGCUACCCCUAACCUGCUACAUUUUCGGUUUUACUGUACUCAAGAGGUACCUUUUUGUCCUCAUUCGCGCUGAUUUGAAGAGGGCGAUAUUCGUUACACUAUGAGGCUGAGAUCCAGAGCUAUUGGUGAACCGAACGGCAAUGAAGCUCCCGUCGCCCGCGAAACUGCCAACAAAGCUAACCCAGGAACCACUGCAGCUUCUAGGGGAAGGAGACCCUGGGGACUGCGACGUGUGCUGGGAGGCCUGAUUGGAGUCUAUGUUGGCAUCCCUGUCCUGGUGAAGCUGUGUCCGUCCAUCAUGGCUCACAUGGUGUUUGCACAGAUGCUUCGUUGGCCGCUGGCACCUCCACUAUCUAACCUAGAGGCUUAUGGAUUAAGUGGAGCAAGAAAUUUCUACCUUCCUUCAACAGAUGGGAUCCAACUUGGAGUGUGGCACAUCCUGCCAGCCAACUUGAUCCAGAAAGUUGAGAAGAAAGAUGAGGCUUCAUUUAAUCAAGCUCUUAGCCAAUCAAAUCCAGUUGUCCUUUACCUGCAUGGUAAUUCCAACACAAGAGGAGGCUCCCACAGAGUUGAUCUCUACAAGAUAUUUGCAGGGCUAAAUUACCAUGUGGUCAGUUUUGACUAUAGAGGUUAUGGAGAUUCAACUGGCUCUCCGACAGAAGAAGGAAUAUGUGAAGAUGCCCUGGUGGUACACUCAUGGGUGAAAAAACAUACGGGAAACUCACCAGUGUUUUUAUGGGGACAUUCACUGGGGACUGGGGUAACAUCAAAGAUAACCAGAAAGUUAUGUGAAGAAGGUAACUGCCCAGCUGGUGUUGUGUUAGAAGCCCCAUUUACAAGCACUCGAGAGGAGUGUUCUGGACAUCCGUUUGCCCAGCCAUGGAGAUACUUGCCUGGGUUUGACUGGUUUUUCACAGAUGGCCUUGAAGCAAACAAUAUCUACUUUGAAAGUGAUAAACAUGUUGCUGCUAUCACAUGUCCAUUGCUGAUCCUCCAUGCUGAGGAUGACUUCAUUGUACCCUUCAGGUUGGGGAAGAAGCUAUAUGAAAUUGCCAAGGAAACCCGACCAAGAGAUGCUCCACCUGUAAAUUUUAUAGGUUACGACAAAUCCCAUGGCUAUGGACACAAGUACAUUUGCAACAGUCCUGCUCUGCCACAGGUUAUAAGGGAAUUUGUGGAAGGCUCUCCACAGAAAGUGUGAUGUGAGUCAUGCUGCUUGAAGAGGUGUGGACCACUACACGACUUUGCACAAGACAAUGCAAUGUAGCAUUUUUAAGCAAUACUUAGCUCAGUUUUCAGAUGUGUUUGUGCCUGUUUUAGCUCAUGAACAGCCAGGAAGUGUGAUACAUGUAUAAGAGACUUAUGAUCAGUGGCUGAGUAUUUUUAAUGUAGAUCUUUUUGUAGUACCCAUUGCUAGUAGGAACCCAAGUACCCAUUGCUAGUAGGAACAAUGUUUCAACAGAAGCUGUUGAUUGUUAGAUUGAAGAAAAACUGAAUCAUGUCAGCCUUGUCUGACAUUACUUUAAUCAGUAAUCAACAUACUCCUCACUGCAAAUACUUGGUCAGAUGAGUAUUUGUUAUAUAAUGAGCUCCCCAUUGACUCAGUCUGUAUUUGUAUUGAAGAGAUAUAGAGAUGUAACAGUAAGGCCAUGUUGGUUUGGUUACAUGGAUGACAUUCCCUGCCCAUAAAUUUUUGACCAUUUCUAAAAAUAAAGUUUUUAAUCAAAACAGAUGUAAAAUGAGCAAAUAUAUGCUGUAGAUUGCAAAAAGAAAUACCAGAAGUGGAUAGUAAUGUCAUAAAUUUCUUAAGUCAAUUCCAAAGUCAAGGAGCAAAAUGUGAAAGCGCAAAAAUGAUAUU